GGCUGUGAUUGAGCUGAGCCACUUCAGUUGUAGACUGUCGAGGGAUAAGGUUGGAGCUGUGACAGGAACACAUCCAACCCAAACAAUUCCUGAGAACUUAAAUGAUGCCGAGGUCUUUCCUUAUAAAAAAGAAACAUGGAGUAUGCGGCGCAUGGCAGUGGAAAGAGCCAGAACAACACAGCUGGAGAGAGGAUAACACAGCAGCAAGAGCUGUUACUGCUGAGCAGUUGUCCUUCAGCCACAGCACCCAGCAGCCUCCCACCAAGCCUCAGCCUGCCACCAGCUCAGGAUGCGAGGCAGCACCACGUGUUCUAGUACCAGUACCAGUCACUGGACCAGGAGAACAAGGGGUCAACACUCAUCCACCAUGGUCCAAAAGGAUGUUUCAGGGCUCCUUCUGCCAUCCUGGCGCCUUGGCUCUGGCCAGCAGAGCAAAGCCCCGGCCCCGCACCUCCUCCGUCUCAGGUGAUUUCGGCUGCUCUGUGUGCCAUAAAGUGUUCCCCCUGCAGCGGAUGCUGACCCGUCACCUGAAGUGUCACAGCCUGGUGAAAAGACAUCCGUGUCGAUUCUGCGGUAAAGGAUUCAACGACACCUUCGACCUGAAGAGGCAUAUGAGGACACAUACAGGUAUUCGUCCCUACAAGUGUGAGUUGUGUGAGAAAGCUUUCACUCAGAGAUGCUCUCUGGAGUCCCACAUGAGGAAGAUCCAUGGUGUCCACCAGCAGUACGCCUACCGACAGAGACGCUCCAAAAUUUUUGUCUGUGAGGACUGUGGUUACACCUCCAGCCGCCCUGAUGAGUACUUCCUCCACAUGAGGCAGCGCCACCCCAGUAGUCCCGCCCUCCGCAGGUACUACCGCCGCCAGGCCCACGACAACAGCAGCUUCACUCAAGCGGAUCCGAAACUCAACCCCUACCUGUUGUACUCAGCCCCCACAUACUACAUGUAGCACUUCUGCUGAUGCUGAUGCUGAGAUGAUGAGUGCAGACACUCCACAACCAAUUCAGAAAUAACACUGUUUUAAUAGAAUAUUUGAAUGUUUAACAAUCAGACCAUCUGAGUUUUGUGACUGUGUUUAUGAUAGUUUACUUUGGAAUAAUGCAUGUCGGCACUAAUGACACCCAUCUAUGCCAGUCGGAAGUCACUAAAAUUAAGAUUGUGUCGGUGUGUAACUACGCCAAAACCAUGCCGCUGGUUGGACAACCAGGUGGCUACGGUGGUGUUCAGAAAAUGACGUGGCCUUUAUUGACAAUUGGAAGACGUUUUGGGGAAAGCCCGGUCUGAUUAGAAGAGACGGCAUUCAUCCCACCCGGGCAGCUCUUAUUUCUAAAAAUCUGGCCAAUACUGUUGGACAAUCCCCCUGACAUUCCAGGGUCCAGCCUUCCAUCUGUUUCUGAUUCACUGUGUAUUUUGGGGUGUUGUUGCAACGUGAUUUUUAGUGCUUCUGGAACACUAGAGCAUUGGUCCAGGCCUCCAUCUAAUCCGCUGGUUCAAGUCUCCAUGUAGUACAGUAUUUAUACAUAUACUUACAAUAACUUUGUAUCUAUCUACACCACUGAUCCAGGUCUCCAUCUAGUGUACUGGUCCAGGGGCCUCAUGUACAAAGAGUGCGUGGAUUUCAACGUGAAUCUGUGCGUGGAAUUCUUGCAUACGCAAAAAAAAUUCAGAUUCUCAAAACUGUAUGUACGCCCAAAUCCACGCACGUUUCUUUGAACAUCACAAUCAUCAUAUUCCGAUACUCAUCCGCUGCAGAAAUAAAGACAAGCUGUACCAACGUGAGUAUCAAGGUGCAAACGUGCGAAAUAAAGAACAAAGUCGAUGUAACUCGGAGUGUUGCAUCCGCAGGAGGAGAGAUUCCAUCAGCGGAGACACACUUUCUAGAAUCCUGUAGCACCUGCAGCCAACUGGAUAUCAGACUCUGAAAAUCGCUUAAACAUCCAAUAAAUACUUUAUUCAUAUAUUCCUGAGUCACAUCAGUUCGCACGAACCAAACUUUUAAUGACAUUUUAGUUUUAUUUUGAAAU